GUUUAUGUGAAGACUCAAACAAAAUAAGUAAAUUCCUAUGUGUAAAUGUGAUUUUCCCUGAUUUUGAGAGGGUUGCUAGGAGACAACUGUCCACUAACUCGAGCUGCAACAUGUCGACUGGUUACUCAGCCAACCAGUAUGAAAGCGCCUUUAAGUCGCAAAAGCUCCAGAACUGGACAAUUCCAAAACAUUUCAAAGAGAGACCUUCUGCAGCGGAUGGCUACACCACAUUUAUAGUGACAGACCGUGGCCACCUUCUGCAUGGUGUAAAAACAAAGAUGGGAAGUGCAUGGCCAUCAGUCCAGGGCACAUGGGAUUUACCACAUCAUUUCUCACCUGUUUAUGUUAACCCCACUGCCCGCUCACAAGAGGGCCUAGAUCGCAUCAGGACCUGGGGAAAGACGAAAUCUUCCACAAGUCAGGCUCGAAAGGCCUCUCAAAACAUGGAAAACCAAAAUGUGAGCCAGCCUGCUAAAGAGUCGCAAAUACUUGAGAGCCUAGAUGGGCAAGAGAUUCACACAGAGCAACCCAGACCCAAUUCACAGCAAAGCCAAGCCAAGUCUAGACCAACAAGCCAGUCUGGUCAAAAAGUCCAGCCCGAAGAGGUAAACGUUCAGGAAAAUCAGGCCCAAUCUAGACCUGCAAGUCAACACAGCCACCCGACACAGUCCAGACCGGCCACUCAGCAAAGUUAAAUUAAGACCACAAACCCAGUACAGCAGACCAGCAUUGCAGCAGACACAUCACCUGAAUAAUCACAUAUCCUCUUCUUCAUAAUUUUUUUAUUAUCUAUUUUAUAUAAAAAACAGGGUUUCUUUAUGGAUAUUUUUGUUUCUGUUGAUUUACAGCUUUACUUAGCUUUCCAUUUGCUUUACAAUGUUUGUGUGGGUCUGAACACAUCAACUAAAUUGUUUCAAAGAAGAUUAGUUUUACUAAAUGGGUUUUAUAAUGGAAUCUUGAUAUGUAACCCAAGAAAAUAUAACCAUUUUACUUUCAUAAUGCUUUAAUAUCUGCAUUUCAAUAAUAUUCUGAAGAGAUGAGAACAACAUGAGAUAUUUUUCAUAUCCUUUAUUUGCUGAAAUAAUUUAAUGCACUGACACACCUGUAGUCCCACUAGAACACAGCAUCAGCUUGAUUCACUAGUUGUCGGUUUGUCUUUUGGUGCUUGAAAGCAAAUGAGGGAUUUUAAAACAAGCAGAACUGUAAGCUUAAGGAACUGAAGAUGAACUUACAGUGAGAGUGAGUCCUGUAAGUCAAUAACAUAAUCAAAGCUUGUACUAAGUAUAACUUUGUUCUACUCUGUUGAUAAAUAUUAAACAGUUGCAUGGUCACAA